CGUUUUCAAAUAGUUAACGAAAAAAAAUAACAGAUAUAUAGUUUGACACAAUAAUUAGCGAACGAGUCGCAAAUUAUUAGCUUGCCUGCUGAACGGAAGCACAUUAAACCUGUAAAAUGAAUUACGUUGUCAAGGGAGCGUAAAGCAUGAAAUGAACGGGAUGUGAGGAAUGUCAAUAAGGAAAAUACCCCAAGUGCAAGUAACGUGACUGUUUUGAGUUAUUUAAGUGAGUGUUCCGCUGUUUGCUGAGAGGAAGUGCUACCUGACAGUUUGUACUCGGGGUGAAAAUACAACGCGCAUUUCCUCGGCUAAUAACAGUCGCUUCGGUUUUGACAGUUAGCUUCGAGCUCUACUUAAACACACACACACAAAAGAAAACACAAACCGGAGCAAAUGGCUCCUGGAGGACACGCGGACCGUUGACGUAGAUCGCGUUUACACCAGUAGACGAGUGUCUCGGAUUAGCUGCCGCUUUAUCCCAGUUUCUAAAUGUUAGCUUACGAGCUAAGCCGCUAGCCGCGAAGCAUUAGCUUUGUUUGUGAGCUUUUCUGCCUCUUAUUCUGGACGACACUGAAAAAAAGAAAGUGAUGGUGCAGCCUCAGCCCGACGGCCCGAUGCAGUGGGACAUGUCCGGAGAGGACAGCGGAGGGGCCCUCAGGGUCCCACCAGAACUCGCCGCCAACGAAGUGGUGACCAGGCUGCUUGGCGACAACCAGCAGCUUCGAGAGGCUCUGCGGAGGAGCAACCUGGCCUUGCGUCAGCGCUGCGAGGAGAUGGAGGGAUGGCAGCGGAGGACCAGGGAGGAGCGGGAGUUCCUCAGCUGUCGCUUCCAGGAGGCCCGGGCCCUGGUGGAGAGGCUGGCCCAGGAGAACCACUCCUUACAGAGCCUGGUGAACGGACCGGCCUCCUCCCCGUCAUCCACCCACUGCUGCAGCUCCAGCCAGACCGAAGACCUGCAGGUGCGACCGACCCGGAACGGGCCCCUGGAAGGAGCACAGACUCUCGAUCACUGGGAGAAGAAGAGAGUUGAAGAUAUUGAACAGUUCACGCAAACCACGCCUCCUCGCAGCCUGGGUCAUCCAAGUGUGCAUAGCUCCUUGGAUUGCUCAAUCUUCUCUCCCCCAACCUCAUUUACAGAGGAACAAGGGGAAGUAAUGGGCCAGCCGGUGGAAGGUCCCAACGAGUUCCUGCAGCUGCUGAAGAGCCACAAAGAGAAGCUGGAGGAAGGGAUGAGAGACCUGAGGAGGAAGAACGAGGAGCUGGAGCGGGAAAAGGACGACGGGGAGAAGGAGAAGGAGCGGAUGCGACGCUGCAUCGACCAGCUGAGGGCAAAACUGGCCCAGGCUCAGGCGACCAGUGUGACCGAGGAGGUCGUCCCGCAUCGCUCUGAGGCUCAGCACUCAUCCGACUGCUCUAGCCUGGCUAAACUCACAGAGCAGCUUCAGGCCACUCAGGGCAGGUAUCGGGAGCUGGAGGAGAAGCUGGACUAUCUGCAGAAGAGUUCAGCUCAGAGGGACAGAACUGAAGCUCUGCUCAAACAAAAAGACAAAGACUGUGCACAGAUGGCCAAAGACUGUGAGGCCCUGAAAGCGCAGGCCACCUCCCUGUUAGGAGAACUGAAGGAGCGACAGAGCUGCCUGGACAAAAGCGAACACGAGCGUAAAAUGCUGGAGGAUAAACUGUGUGCGAAGGCCAAGUCCCUGCAGGCGACGGAGCGCGAGCUGGAGCAGCAGAGGAAGCAGCAUCACGUGGCCAUGGACAAACUGCUGCUGCAGAACCAGAGUCUGGAACAAGCCCUGAAGACGGAGCGACACGUGGUCACCGAGGAGAAGAAAAAGUUGACCCAGCUGCAACACGCCUACACGUGUCUCUUCAGAGACUACGACUCCAAACUCAAGAGCGAAGGCGGAGACCUGUGCAGCCGCCUGGAGGAGGCGGAGCGAGCGCUGGCCCUGAAACAGGACCUGAUCGACAAGUUAAAGGAGGAGGUGGAGCAGCAGAAAGGUUCCCUGGAGACGGUUCCCGUCCUCACGGCUCAGGCUGAGAUCUACAAGGCGGAUUUCCUCGCGGAGCGAGAGGCGCGAGAGAAGCUGAACCAGAAGAAGGAGGAGCUGCAGGAACAUCUGACUCAGGCCAUGACUGAGAUCGACAGACUCAAGCAAGAGGCCACAUCACGGGCACGUAUGGAGCAGAUGAAGCUGAGACACCUGGAUGACUUUAAUGUACGAGCCCCAAUCGUUCCUCCUCCACAAGGAGUUUUCCCUGCAGCUUUUAACACGGUGCCGCCCGCCCCCUCGUUCCGUAACCAGGGUCUGGUCCCGGUCGACCACGGGGCGGCCGGGACCGAGGACCUGCCGGAUUUAUGUUGUCCCAAGUGCCAGUACAUGGCUCCGGACAUGGACACGCUGCAGAUACACGUGAUGGACUGUAUACAGUAGCAUGAGCAGCGCUCACCGAAAAAACACGCGUUUAGCGUCGUCUUUUCUUUGUGUGUUCGCUCCGUUCGCUCCGUGGAGAGACAUGUGUGGUAGCUGCACCUUUACCUGAACACACAGGGUGGACCUUUACCUUCCUAAAAAAAAUCAUUACAAAGCAAUUCAAGGAAAUCAGACGACAACUGGGAAAAGAAAAAUACAAAAGCAAGAAAAUCUAAAUAUUUCCCUAAAACUUCUCCAUGAUUAAAGUUACUUUUUUUUUCCAUUCCUCGUUAUUUUCAUGUCAAGCUUUAUAUCUUUAGUUCCCCCUGUUUCCCCCUUUCCUUUGCCUUGCUUCAUCAGUAUUUGCACCAUUUUCCCAUGAUGUACUAACUACCGACGAGUAAACAACGCUGUGAAGUGAAUGUGUAAACUUUGAGCUGCAUCCUUCAUCCGACGCAUCAGUUAAUCACUGGACCGAAGGAGAUGACUUGUCUAAAAAAAGGACAAUUCUGACUUUUUUCUCACAUCAGUGUGCGAAUUAACCCAGUGAGCUUUAAGUAAAUAAUAAAAGAAUAUUUACAUGUUUGGGUUGUAACCUCAAAACACGUAUUACUAUGUAUUAGAGAUGAGUUUACUCUUGUUAAAAAAAAAAUAGUAGACAUUCUCUGUGUUCUGUGCCUGUGUACGCGUUUGACUGCUGCUUUAUCACCCCGACCCUUGACCCUUGACCUUUGACCCUUGACCCUUGACCCUUGACCCCACCACAGCAUCCCCCCCAUUUUGUGCCCCAUAUUUUGCACCUGGCUGUUUAUCUAUUUGAAUGUAAGCACAUUGAGAGUCCUUCACAGUUCUGUGAAUAUUGUCUGUAAUUAUAGAUAAUCCAUUGCAAAAAAAAAAAGAAGUAAAGAAAGAAAAAGAGAAGAAGAAGAAGAAGAAAGAAAAACAUAUUGCUGCAAACUGUUGGGAUGUAAGAAAUAAAUCAGUUAUUCAUUA